AUGACCUCGUCACUGCAUGAAGAUCAGCUCGGUGGCAAUGGCAUGUUGCCGGUUGAUGACUCGGGUCAGUGUCGUUCGGUGGUUGUUAUUUUGUCUAGCUCUGUAAGCCCGCGAUCAGCUGCCACCGCAGUAUCAAGGCCAACUCAGAUGAACGCGAAUACAAAGGAGUAUACCGGAAGCAUUGAGCAGCCGCGUUCUCAGCAACAUUCAACAACACCUCUGUCUUCGCGAUCACGUAACACUACAACAAAACAGCAGGCGAGGUUGUCACGGCCAGCAUCAACGACAGCGCGUCCUUUAGCAAAUCCGCGUCCUAACACCGCUGGACAGGCUUCUACUCCUCUCGGUUUGAGCCAACGACAUGUUGCACCGUCCAACGUGCGUGUACCUAAUCCGAAAGCCCAGGUUUGGCCUGUAACAUUUUUUGUUUUUAUCUAA